AUGAGCCAGGAAAACGAAGAGACUUGUGAUAACAGAGGAACUUUUAAAAAAUGGUUUUCAUUUCUAGAAGUUCCACAUAAAGGUGAAGAGAAGCCAUCCUUUCUAAGAAAUGAUGAUUUAUUACCCAUCAGAAAAGAAGACCAAACUUGGGGGUUCUGGUCCAAUUUUGCGUAUUGGGGAAUUCUUUCAUUCAACGUAGGAACAUGGAUGGCGGCAAGUAGUGCUCUUACCUACGGUCUUAGCUAUGCAGAUAUUAUUGGAGCAUUCAUUUUGGGGGAUGUUGUGACAAUAAUCUUUACGCUAGCAAAUUCGUAUCCUGGAUGUGAUUGGAAAGUUGGCUAUACUGUUACUCAAAGACUUGUGUUUGGCAUCUAUGGUUCGGCUAUUGGUGUUUGUGUCAGGGUUCUUGUUUCUAUUGUGAAUUACGGUUCUACGGCAUGGGUUGGCGGUUUAUGUGUUAAUAUUGUUCUUGAUUCUUGGUCAGAUAAGUAUCUCAAUAUGAAGAACACGCUCCCUUCAAAUGUGAACAUGACUUCAAAGGAACUUAUUGGUUUUGCAAUAUUUCAUCUAAUUACGAUUUUCUUUUACUUUAUGAAGCCAAGGAAGAUGAACUAUGUUUUGAUAUGGUCAUGUGCUGCUUGUGGUAUCAGUAUGCUUGGUAUGGUGAUUUAUCUCUGUACUAAAGCAGGAGGAGCUGGUUCAUCCUUUUCCGCACCUGCAACAAUUCAUGGCUCACAAUGGAGUUGGAUGUUUUGUUAUAUGAUAUCCUAUUGGUUUGGCUCCGUCUCUCCUGGAUCGACAAACCAAAGUGACUACUCUAGGUUUUCUAGUAACAAGACAGGCCUUUGGUUGGGAACUAUAAUUGCUUUGUUAAUUCCUACAACAAUCGUUCCAAUAUUUGGUGUUUUGGGCGCUUCUGCUUCUAAGCAACUUUAUGACCAGAAUUGCUGGAUGCCCACUGAUAUUUUAGAGCAUUGGAUGAAUGAUGGUUACUCUUCAGGUGCAAGGGCGGCUUCAUUUUUUUGCGGAUUAUCAUUCAUGUUUACUCAGAUAGGUUAUGCAAUUAAUGCAUGUGGGUUUGCGGCAGGUAUGGAUUUGUCCGGUUUGCUUCCAAAGUAUAUAAACAUUAUUCGGGGAGCAAUAUUUACUGCCUUACUUUCCUGGGCUGUACAACCGUGGAACUUUUAUAAUUCCAACUCUACAUUUCUAACGGUUGUAUCCUCGUUUGGUGUUAUUAUGACUCCAAUUAUUUCAGUCAUGAUAGCAGAUAAUUUCUUGGUUCACAAGAGGAGGUACGCUAUCAGUGAGGUUUUUAAAUUGAAGGGAGAAUAUUAUUACAGUUAUGGCUUCAAUUGGAGAGCCAUCAUAGCUUCAAUUUGUGGAAUUGCACCAGGAAUUCCAGGAAUUAUCUGGCAAGUUGAUCAAGAUGCUUUUAACGAUAAUGGAAUUGUCAAUUUUUACUAUGCUGAUUCCUUUACGUCAUUUGCAAUUUCCUUUUUUUUGUAUUGGGUACUAUGUAUUUUGUUUCCUUUCAAAAUUGGUAAAGAGCAAGACGAAGAAGAUUACUAUGGCUCUUUUACCAAAGAGGUUGCCAUAAAAAAAGGAAUGAUACCUUAUGAUGAUUCUAAGGAUAUCAGUUUUACCGACGUUGAGCCAAUAGACAGGAAGAAGAAUACGCACAAAAGUUAA